CGUGAAACGAACAAUCAAACGUCGCCAACUCGCCUCUCCAGCAACCGAACCAUCGCCUCGCCGCCUCGCGCCUCUUCCAAGCAGAGUCUCCAAUGCCGCGCCGCCGGCCCCCCGGCCCCCUCCCUCCCGCCGACCGCGACCUCGCCGAGGAGGUCCUCUAUCUCCACUCGCUCUGGCGCCGCGGCCCUCCCGCACCCGCACCCGCACACGCACCCGCACACGUCCUGGUCCCCGCCACCGCCCCCAUCCCGUCCCGCUCCGCCCGCCGCAAGGCCAUUAAGCGCAAGCGCCGCAGGCUGGAGAGCGGCGCAGCCGAGCCCAAGGACGCCGGGUCCGAGUGGCCUCUCGCGCCGUCUCCACCCGCCUCCCCAAAAGCCUGGCCCGACGCCUCCGCCUCCGCCUCCUCCCCCGCGAAGCCGCCGCCGCCUUCGCCCGGCUCGCUCGCGCAGCGGGAGGCCCUCCGCGCCGCGGAGGAGUUCUUCUCCAACCUCUUCUCGGACGACGACGAGGGGUCCGAGUCGGAGGGCGAUGAUGAGGCCGCGGCGGCGGGGUUCUUCACGAGGUUGUUCGAGCGGGACGCGGCGCUGCGGGGCUACUACGAGCGGGGCUGGGAGGAGGGGCAGUUCGCGUGCAUGGCGUGCUCGGGGAGGAAGGCGCGGAGGGGGAAGUCGAGAAGGUUCCGGGGCUGCGUCGGGCUCGUGCAGCACGCGCGCGCCGCCACGCGUUACGGGAGACCGGGGGUGCACCGCGCGCUCGCCUGCGUCAUCUGCAGCGUGCUCGGGUGGGACAUCGAGAGGCUGCCGAGCAUCGUGAUCGACCCCCGCGGCACACUCGGGCAAGCGCUCGCCGCCCUGGCCACGGCGAGUGUUCAAGAGGCGAAGAAUGAUGAUACUGAGGAGAACAAUGGCUCUUCGAGUGACGAGGAUGAAGAGAAGGAGGAUGUCGAGACAGGGAUGAAAGGCUCAAUUACUGAUGGUGAUAAAGUGGCUAAUGAACUAGAAAUCAGUAAAGAGUCUGCUGAAAUGGAGGAUGUGGAAGAAAUUGGCCCACUGAAUUGUGAAGACCAUUCUAAAAACAAAGUGAUUGGUCAUGAAACUGUUCAGGAGGAGGAUGCUGUCAAGACAGGGAUGGAAGACUCUAAAAGUACUGAUUGUGAGAAAGAGGCUAAUGAACUAGAGGGCGGUAAAGAGUCUGCUGAAAAGGAGGUUAUGGAAGAAAUAGGCCCACUGAAUUGUGAAGACAUUUCUAAUGAAGUGCACUGUAAUGAAACUGUCCAGGUGGUUAAUGGGAACAAGGAUGAUUCUUUGAGCCAAGAUAAUAAUGGAGAAGUUCAUCAGCAGGAGAUAGCUAAAGAAUCUGCUGAACAGAAGAAUACAAAGGAUCUGUACCUGCCGAGCUCCAAAGACUCAUGUACAAAUGAGGAGCACUAUGAAGAAGCUGCUGUCCAAGAGGAACUAAGUGCUAAUGAGAGUAAAAAAGAAUGUGCUAAAACUGCAGAUGAUACUAAAGAUAUUGCUGCCACUAGAUUAGGAAACAAUUCGUCAAUGGUACCUCCAAUCGCCAUCUGUUUUGUAUCAACAUGAUUGAAUUAAUCUGCUCUCUCGCAAGUCACAGGUCUCGGGAUGUCAGGCCCUAAAUCAAAAGGCAAUAUGUGUAUAAGCCUUGGUUUCAAACUUGCUCGUGAUGAACUAGAUAUUACCUACAAUUGAUUUUUAUCAGUUGCAUCAUUGCAUGGCAUGCAGAAACAA